GAGAAGGAAGCCCCUUCCUUGCUUUCAGUGCGCAAAGGCGGAAGCGCCGGGCUGGGAGAGUCGCAGGAGAAGGCUGGGAGAGGAGAAGGAACGAUGGGGGACAGCCAUGCUACCUGGAUGGGGAGCGCUUACCUCUUUGUCCAGUCGACAUCCGAAAACGUCCUUCUGCCCAAACUCUAUGGAAACCCCCAGCGGAAGCCGAAUGUGUUCAAGGCGCUCAAGUUGGCAUUGGCAGAUUCCACUGGAAGCUUCCAUGGGGUGGACAUGCUGAAAGUGUACUGCAGUGACCCCCAGCUGAUCGUCCAGCUCAAGUUCUCUGUGAAAGAGAAUUGCAGGAGGUUUCUGCAAAGCUACCGGGAAGGAGUCCUCCGGGAUGCUCUCCAGAGGCACCUCCAGGUCUCGUUGGCCCUGAGCAGCCGGAUCCCUCUCCAGACGGAGCUGAAAGCGGGAGCGGAGAAGCUGGACGCCAUGAUCCGAGAGGAGGAGCGGUGCCUGGAGUGCAUCUUCGGAGAAAAGCCGAAUCGACUCCGGGAUGAAGAAAUCACAGAGUUGGAGGAAUCCCUCAAGAAUCUGAAUUUUUGUCGGGGCGAAAACAGUGACAAAAGUUUUUCCUCUUUGGAUUCUUCACCCCAGUCUCCGAGUUCCUCGCUUCCGUCUUUGAAUUCUCCUCCUUCGUCUUUGAAUUCUCCACCCCCAUCUUAUGGUUUUGUAGAGAAUUCAAGGCCUCCGCCGCAGAGCGACACGUUUACAUUUCAGGGCCAGCAAUUUGUCAACAGAAAAAUUACUUACGAGGACCACCAGAAGUUUGCCAAGCUGGUGUCCAAGAAGUGGAAGCAGGUGGGCCGCUCCUUGCAGGUGGGCUGCCGCGCUCUCCGGGACCCCGCCAUCGACAACCUGGCCUUGGAGUACGAGCGGGAGGGCCUCUACGAGCAAGCCUACCAGCUGCUGCGCAGGUUCAUGGAGUCGGAGGGCAAGCGAGCCACCAUCCAGCGCCUGGUUGCGGCCUUGGAGGAGAACGGCCUCAUCAGCCUGGCAGAGGAGCUGCUGGGCAUCCCGCAAGGAGACAACAACUCGUAAACGUGGGACGAAAAGGAGAGAAAACUUAUGCAGGACUAGUCGCUGCACAGCCACGUUGUUGGAACUCUCCUGUGACUUUGCAUGUCGUUAAACUGCACCUUGUUUGAAAGUAGACCCUGCGAUAGUUCCUCAUUUACACCAUGACGCUUGGACUAAAGGGACCGAUGCUGCUUCCGUGCCAAACUACUCUCAGGAAUCGGCCUUCUUGUUGCAACAAGGGAAACGGCUCAAGUCAUACUCAGAAACCUGUCAGGGGGUUAAUUAGCUCCGAACCAUCCUGAUUUAUUGGUGAGUCAGGCCUCUCACCAAUCCAUCUUCCGUCAGACCGCUUAAGCAUCUGGCUACAAGCAGCACCGACAAAUGACACCACAGUUGUAACUCAGCUGAUCACAGCAGUUCUAAGGAUUUAUUAUAUGCAAACUGUUUACAGUUACAAAGUCCAUUGCUCAUAGGACUCAUGCUUCCCUAACAAAGGCAAAGCAUGUCCUCUCUCUUUGCCAAUCGCCAGCAAAAUAAUAAUAAUAAUAAUAAUUUUAUUUUUGUACCCUGCCACCAUCUCCCCAGAGGGACUCGGGGCGGCUUACAGAUAUAAAACCAGCAUACAGUUUUCUUUCAACUCCCACAUUCCAUAGCAGAAUGACAAAUGUCCUGUCUGCACUUCUGAGACCGGAAGGCUUGAUCUAUUGGCUAGGCAGGCUAUCAUUCAAGCUGGCCUGCCAUUAACCUGUGUGCUGCUGGAAAGCAAAUACACAGUUGCAAAACUCCAAUAACCAAAACACUUGAUUCAACAUUUCACACAUACACCAAAAUAGACCAACAAAACCUUCAACGUAACAGCAACCUCCCGCCACAAAUCAGAUUACUGUAUUUACUCGAAUCUAAUGCUCACUUUUUUGUUUUUUGCUGAAUUGCCUUCCCAAAAUUAGGGUGCGCAUUAGAUUCAAGAGUUAUGGUCAUCUUAGUGCUGAGCAAAAGGAGAAGCUGCUUCAGGAGCUGCAACUGGAGCUCCUAUUUUGAGGGACGUCAUCUCUAAUUUAAUGCUAUGCAAUCCUGGGAUUUGUAGAAUGCCACCAGCAUUCUUUGGCAGUAAAACUACAUGAUUCCAUACGAUUGAGCCAGGGCAGGUAGAGUAAAUUCAUUCUACAGCAUAGAUGCACCCAAGGUUUUCCUUUUCCAUUGCUGGAAGCUUUGGUGUUCUAACACUUUUGUUUUUAAAGAAGGAAUUAUAAACAUGCAGAAACUGUAAUGCACACCUUUUUUUUUGGGCCAAAUUACAAAGAGUGCCCCAGGGUGGCACAGCGUGUUAAAGCACUGACCUGCUGAACUUGUAGACCGAAAGAUUGCAGAUUCGAAUCCGGGGAGGGGAGUGAGCAGCCGCUGUCAGCCCCAGCUCCUGCCAACCGAGCAGUUCGAAAACAUGCAAAUGUGAGUCGAUCAAUAGAUACCACUCUGGCGGGAAGGUAACGGUGCUCCAUGCAGUCAUGCCGGCCACAUGACCUUGGAGGUGUCUAUGGACAACGCCGGCUCUUCGGCUUAGAAAUUCCCAGAGUCGGACAUGACUGGCCUUAAUGUCAGGGGAAAUCUAUUACCUUUAUCUUUACAAAGAGUGCACAUUACAUUCGCUAGCAAAUACUCCAGGGUUUUUGGAAAACGGAGGAGCGCGUUAGAUUCGAUGGCACAUCCGAUUUGAGUAAAUCAUCUUGCCUGUUAAAGGAAUCCCUUGAGUUUUGUGAACAAAGAAUACUCAAGAGGUGGUUUAUUAUCGUCUUCCUCUUCAUUGAGUAUAUGGCAUUAGAAAAGUUCCAAUGCCUCACUUCUGAGAUCCAAUGGGAUCUGGUGCCUUUGGGGUAUUCGUGUGAUCCCCUCUUCUCAAUGCCUUGAUGCUGCUUCUGGCCUUUUUUGAAGGCAGCAAGUUCUUGUAGAGACAGUUCAUAGAUAAGACUGUCAAUGAAUGAUCACAACAAAACUGAUCAAAGUAGAUUUUGUCUAUGCAAGCUCAUGCUGUCAACUUCUUCCUCUCCGUCUCUAAGGUGCUGUAAGAUAUCUUUGUUUUGCCAGAGUGUGCUUUUAUAGCCAAAAACUCAGUAUUUUUCUGAAACCGAGGACAGAAUGAAAGCUUAAAAUAGUGUCACUGUAAAAUAAGGAAAACGAAGCCUUAGAUCCAUGCUGAAUUGAGACUUCAUUAGCCAGAGCACAUCGUCAUUACUUUUGCAUUUGUAGCUUUUCAGGUAAAUCCUUUUUCAACCUGCUUUUUUUAGAGCCAGUAUUACUAGGUGAUUUCUUGCACUUUCCUCCUUGUUGAUGCCCUCUUGUGUAAAUUGCAAUGUCAAUGAAUGUAUUGCCAUCAUUUUAGGAGGACUACUGAAUGUAUUUAGUUUAGAAACCUAAAUGUCGUCUUGAGAUUUUUAGAUAAUUAUUGGUGCCAGUCUUAUCUUUUGAAUGCCUUAGCCACUUGUGAUUACAUCUCUGUUCGCAACUAAAAUUGUGCCAGCUCUUCUUCUGGUUUUGCAUUUCUGGAAAGUCUGGUUUUUUCAGCCAAAUUUGAGUCGCCUUUGGGGAGAUAAAGCGAGGUAUAAAUAAAUAAAUAAAUAAAUAAUACACACAGUCCUAAACGCU